AUGUCGGGACUGGAAAAGUCAUUGUUCCAGCUCAAAUUUACGGCAAAGUCGCUCCAGCGACAGGCUCGCAAGGCCACAAAGGACGAAACAGCUGAGAAAGCAAAGCUAAAAAAGGCGCUCGCUCAAGGCAACACGGAGGGAGCCCGCAUCUAUGCCUCAAACGCCAUCCGCAAAAAGAACGAAUCGCUCAAUCUUCUGCGACUAGGGAGUCGCAUCGACGCCGUAGCGAGUCGCGUGGAAACCGCUGUCACCAUGCGCCAGGUCUCGGGCAGCAUGGCGUCCGUCGUCAAAGGCAUGGACAAGGCCAUGGAGAGCAUGAACCUUGAGCGUAUGUCCAUGGUCAUGGACAAGUUUGAGACCCAGUUUGAGGACAUGGACGUGCAGACAUCGUACAUGGAAGGUACCAUUGGCGCUACCACGGCGCAAUCUAUGCCUCAAGACCAAGUCGACUUGCUCAUGCAGCAAGUAGCAGACGAGAACGGCAUCGAGAUCAACCACAAACUCGGCGAAGGCGGUCUGCUCGAAGGAAAAGUGGCCGACCUGGCACCAAAGGUUCCCGAUGCGAAAGUCAAGGACAAGGAAGACGACGCGCUUGCCGAACGACUGCGCGCACUCCGACCUGCCACGUAA